AUUUAUUUUCUAGGAAUUCCUUUUGGAAAAUGCCAAGCCGGAAGUUUGCGGAUGGCGAGGUGGUGAUGGGCCGUUGGCCAGGAGGUGUCCUGUAUUAUGAGCUACAAGUGACUGGUUAUAAUGAUGCUUCUCGUGUUUAUACCCUGAAGUACGAAGAUGGGACUGAACUUGAGUUGAAAGAAAGUGAGAUAAGGUCACAGUCAUCAUUCAAGCGCAGGAAGAGCCAGUCCUCUUCAGGGUCUCCCUCCAGAAGACGUACCAGCAAAGUUCAGUCUAGAUCUCCUGGUCGGCCGGCAAAAGGCAGGCGUCGCUCUUCUUCCCAAGGCAGAGACCAUAAAGAAGACAAAGAGAAAACCAUUCAGCUGAAACUGAGUGAGAAUAACACCAGGAGGUACAAUGGUGAACCUGAAAGUACGGAAAGAAAUGACACAUCACUCUUGAGUGUGGAGCGAAAUUUGGAACCAGACCUGGAAAUAGAGCAUGAAAGAGAAGAAAAAAAGACAAAAGAGAAGAUUUUUAAGACAAUAAAACCAUCAUCAAAAACAAAGGAGCUAGAGUUUGGUGGAAGAAUCGGGACCUUCACACUGAUAUUUUUCCUGCCUGCUACUGUAUUCUACCUGCUGUUGAUGUGCAAACAAGAGGACCCCAGUCUUAUGAACUUCCCUCCUCCUCUCCCAGCACUUGAAAGUCUUUGGGAGACCAGAGUGUUUGGUGUUUUUCUUCUGUGGUUUUUCCUUCAAGCCCUCUUUUACUUACUGCCAAUUGGAAAGGUUGUGGAAGGCCUGCCCCUUUCAAAUGGAAGGAGACUGCAGUACCGGAUAAAUGGGUUUUACGCUUUUCUUUUGACUGCUGCAGCUGUUGGGAUUUUAUUAUACUUCCAAUUUGAACUUCAUUAUUUGUACGAUCACUUCAUGCAGUUUGCGGUGUCGGCUGCAGCCUUCUCUCUGGGGCUGAGCAUUUACCUCUACAUCCAGUCCCUGAAAGCGCCCGAGGAGGAACUAGCACCCAGUGGGAAUUCUGGGUAUCUGGUUUAUGAUUUUUUUAUUGGACAUGAAUUAAACCCUCGGAUUGGCAGUUUCGACCUCAAAUACUUCUGUGAGUUGCGUCCUGGACUGAUUGGCUGGGUGGUGAUAAACUUGGCCAUGCUGUUGGCUGAGAUGAAGAUACACAAUCAGAGCACGCCCUCUCUGUCGAUGGUACUCGUGAACAGCUUUCAGCUGCUGUAUGUGGUGGAUGCUCUGUGGAACGAGGAAGCUGUUUUGACUACAAUGGACAUUACCCAUGAUGGAUUUGGAUUCAUGCUGGUGUUUGGAGAUCUGGUGUGGGUUCCCUUUGUCUACAGCCUGCAGGCCUUCUAUUUAGUUGGCCACCCCACGGCCAUUUCUUGGCCCGUUGCUGCUGCCAUCACCGUUCUGAACUGUAUUGGGUAUUACAUAUUCCGUAGUGCAAAUUCUCAGAAAAAUAAUUUCCGAAGGAAUCCAUCAGAUCCCAAAUUGGCCUAUCUGAAAUUUAUACCCACGGCCACUGGAAAAGGGCUCCUUGUCACGGGUUGGUGGGGUUUUGUUCGUCACCCUAAUUAUCUGGGUGACAUCAUCAUGGCUCUAGCGUGGUCCCUGCCCUGUGGUUUUAAUCACAUUUUACCGUAUUUCUACGUGAUCUAUUUCAUCUGUUUGCUUGUCCAUCGAGAAGCUCGUGAUGAACAUCACUGUAAGCAAAAGUACGGCUUGGCCUGGGAAAGGUACUGUCGGCGCGUUCCGUACCGCAUAUUUCCUUACAUCUACUAGAGCACUCCACCUGCCCCCCUUCCAAAAUUACUUCUGAAGUUUAUUUCUUGGCAAAUAAAAAAAAAAAAAUACCUCUUACCUUGCACUUGGUCUAUUUGUUAUUUAGGCUUUUUUU